GCAGCCAUCAUGUUGUGGAAAGCGCUGCUGUUGGCUGUGGCGGCGGCUUCGGCCUCCGCACAGGAGAUCAACAACCGCUUCCCAGACGGCUUCAUGCUGGGGUACGCCACCGCGGCCUACCAAGUGGAGGGCGCCUGGAACGAGGAUGGCAAGGGCGAGAGCAUCUGGGACCACAUGCUGCACGAGCACCCGGACUGGGGCUGGAACGGCCAGAACGGCGACGUGGCCUGCGACUCGUACCACAAGUACCCCGUCGACGUGGAGUGCCUCGUGAACGCCUCGGCCGACAUGUACCGGUUCUCCAUCUCGUGGCCGCGCGUCCUGCCCACUGGAGACCUCGACAACAUCAACCAGGCCGGCAUCGACUACUACAACAACCUCAUCGACCUGCUGCUCGCCAACAACAUCCAGCCUCUGGUGACGAUGUACCACUGGGACCUGCCGCAGGCUCUGCAGUACAUCGGAGGCUGGCCCAACCCCAUCAUGGCGGACUACUUCGUCGAGUACGCCAGACUGCUCUUCGACACCUACGGUGACAGGGUGAAGUGGUGGAUCACGUUCAACGAGCCCACCAUCUUCGCCGGCGGCUACACGACCAGCGGGGGCACGCCGCCCUCGCAGAACGCCCCCGGCAUCGGCGACUACCUCACCUACUACACCGUCAUCAACGCGCACGCGCGCGUAUGGCACCUCUACAACGACACGUACAGGGCCACGCAGCAAGGUCGCGUCGGAAUCGUGCUCAACAGUGAGUGGCACGAGCCGCAGAACGCGUCCAGUCCUGAGGACCAAGAGGCUUCCGAGCGCAUGAUGCAGUUUGUGAUCGGCGCCUUCGGACAGCCGCUGUUCAGCCCGGAGGGCGACUGGCCGGCCGUGAUGAAGGAGCGCAUCGACGCCAACAGCGCCGCCGAGGGCCGGCCCAGGUCCCGGCUGCCCGCCUUCACCCAGCAGGAGAUCGAGUACAACAGGGGUACGACUGACUUCAUCGGACUGAACACGUACGCCACGAACCUGGUGACACUGGGCGAGACUGGUACGAUUCCCUCCAAGGCGCACGACCAGGGCGUCAUCAUCUCGUACGACCCCAACUGGAUCGUUGGAGCAAGUGGCUACGUCUAUAUCGUGCCCUGGGGCUUCAGGAAGCUGCUGAACUGGCUGUCAAACGCGUACCCGCAGUACCCCAUCAUGGUCACGGAGAACGGUUUCAGUGACUGGGGCGAAACCCAAGACGACCUGCGUAUGACGUACCACGGGCAUUACAUGGCUGAGCUGUUGAACGCUAUUAACGUUGACGGAAACAAUAUUAUUGGGUACAUGGCGUGGAGUAUUAUUGACAAUCUGGAAUGGACUCAAGGUUUCAGGCCGAGGUGGGGAGUGUACCGGGUGGACAUCGACGACCCCGACCUGCCCAGGACCCCCAAGGCGUCGCUGGAGCUGAUGAACGGCAUCUACACCAGCAGGACGGUGCCGCUCGAGUACUUCAACAGCACCGUCUUCGCUCGUCCGUGAACCGCCACGGCCAGCCACGGCUAGGCUGAGCUCCCUGUACUGUUCGCCGUAGUGGAGAACUGUUUAAUAAACGCCCCAACUACA